AUGGCGACGGUGGCGGCGGUGGUGUCGCUGGGCCGGCGGGCCUUGGGCCUGGCCGCGCGUCGGGCCCGGCUCCUCCCGGGCGCCUCGGCCCGCGCUCUGAGCCUGCGGAACUCGCGGCCACGCGGUGGAAAGAGGGAGGAGGAGGAGGGAGGCCGGACCUGCAGCCGUCCUGACCCUCCGCAGCCCUUCUGGGUUGGGCCGGGCCGCCCGCAGAGCCUCGGGGACUCCGCGCUGGAUCACCUAGCCGGGAUCGCCCCGGGAGAAGCGGGGCCGUCGCUGGGGGGGCCGCCCGCCCCGCCUGUCCCCGCCUUUCAGGGGGAGCAUGAAUCCUUGCUGUCCCACCGCCCUGAUCAGCCGAGGAACCCCAAAGUCUUGAGAGUGGCUGUUAUUGGGGCCCCCAACGCUGGCAAGUCCACCCUGUCGAACCAGCUGCUGGGACGGAAGAUCCUGCCGGUCUCCAGCAAGGUGCACACAACACGGUGCAACGCUCAGGGCGUCAUCACAGCCGAGGACACCCAGCUGAUUAUCCUGGAUACCCCUGGCCUCACCACCGCUGCCAAAGGCAAAAGACACAACCUGGAAAAAUCCAUGCUGUCUGACCCGUUCGACAGCUUGAACGAUGCAGAUUUAGUGCUGGUCCUCGUGGAUGUCUCGGACCGCCACACCCGGCACCAGCUCCACCCACAGGUGCUACGCUGCCUGAAGCAGUUCCCGCAGGUGCCCAGCCUCCUCGUCCUGAACAAGGUGGAUCUGGUGAAGCAGAAGGGCGUUCUUUUGGAGCUGGUGGUCGAGCUCACCGAAGGCGCCUUUGGAGGAAAGAAGCUGGGAACCAGGUCUCUGUACCGCCCCCCCAAGAGGGCCCAGAGCAGCCCCGCAGAGGCCGUGGAGAAGGUCCUGGGCUUGGAGAGCGGGACCCUGGAGAGCCCUAAGGACCAGAAAGGCUGGCCGGGCUUCCGGGAGAUCUUCAUGCUGGCCGCGCUGCAAGAGGAGGAGGUGGACACGCUGAAGAAGUACCUCCUCAAGCAAGCCCAGCCGGGUCCCUGGGAGUACCACAGUGAGGUCCUGACCAGCCAAUCCCCGCAAGAGAUCUGCGCCAACCUCAUCCGGGCCAGACUCCUGGAACACCUGCCCUACGAAGUGCCCUAUCUCGUGACCCAGAAAACAGCCCUGUGGGAAGAGGGUCCUGGUGGGGAGCUCCAGAUUGUGCAGCAUUUGAUGGUCCCGAAGGAGAGAUACCUGAAGAUGCUGAUUGGCCACCAGGGCCAGGUGAUCGGCCGGAUCGCCACCGAGGCCGGCUACGACUUGAUGGACGCCUUCCUGUGUGAAGUCCAGCUGAAGCUCUCCGUCCAGCUGAAGGAGUGAGCCCUCCCGGGUCCCUUCGGACGCUGCUCCGGUCCGGCCAGAGCGGUCCCUCGACUCUGCGGUCCUCGCUCGGACGUCCCCCCCUCCCUC